AAUGGCUGAAUAAUUAACAGAAGAAUAAAUUGCUGAAUUCAAAGAAGCCUUCGCUCUCUUUGAUAAGGAUGGUGAUGGUACCAUUACAACUAAAGAAUUGGGAACAGUUAUGAGAUCUCUUGGAUAAAAUCCAACUGAAGCUGAACUUCAAGAUAUGAUCAAUGAAGUUGAUGCUGACGGUAAUGGAACAAUCGAUUUCCCUGAAUUUUUAUCUUUGAUGGCUAGAAAGAUGAAGGAAUAAGAUUCUGAAGAAGAAUUGAUUGAAGCUUUCAAAGUCUUUGACAGAGAUGGAAAUGGACUCAUUUCUGCUGCUGAAUUAAGACAUGUCAUGACAAAUUUGGGAGAAAAAUUGACUGACGAUGAAGUUGAUGAAAUGAUCAGAGAAGCUGAUAUUGAUGGUGAUGGACAUAUCAACUAUGAAGAAUUCGUCAGAAUGAUGGUUUCUAAAUGAUU